AUGGAAUUCACCAAGGCGCUGUGUGAUCUGGGAGCAAACGUUAAUUUGAUGCCAUUGUCUAUUUAUAGAAAGUUGGGUAUGGGGAAUCCCAUACCCACCAACAUGAGAUUGGUGAUGGCGGAUAGGUCAGUAAAGCGACUCAUCAGCAUUCUGCAUGAUGUGUUUAUAAAGGUUUCCAAUUUCAUAUUCCCUGCAGACUUCGUCAUUUUGGGCUGCGAGGUAGACUUCGAGGUGCCUAUAAUCUUGGGUCAACCUUUUCUCGUAACCAAAAGUGUGUUAAUUGAUUUGAGAGCCAAUGAUCUCUUAUUUAGGAUGAACGAUGAAGUAGCACGAUAUGAUGUGGGCAAAUCAAUGAAGCAACAUGAGGAAAUAUGUGUGUUCUCAGUAGUUGAUGUGUAUUUUGAGGAUGUGGAGGAUGUGCCCAUAAUUGAGCAACUUGUUAUCACACCUUUGGCUGCGGUCACGAUGAAUUAUGAUAUUAAAGUUAAUGGGGAGUAUGAAGAGAUUGUUUGUGCCUUGACAAACAUGGGUUCAUAUCCUUAUGCUACCAAAAAGUUGGACCUUGAUCUAGCUAAUCAACCAACACCAUCAGCCAAGCCAUCUAUUGAAGAGCCUCUAUUAUUGGAGUUAAAGGAGCUGCCUGGGCAUUUAUGGUACGUGUUUUUGGGUAAAGAAAACAUGCUACCUGUUAUUAUUUCAGCUGAUUGGGAGAACAACAGGUGA